AUGUGUGCAUGUGCCAUUGAGCGUGACAAGCUGCAGCAGUCGCUGGCGCAGGAGCGGAGUGAAUGGCAGGCGGCGGUGGCCGAGGUGCAGUCUGAGCUUGAGCACAUCCAGACGGGACACACAGAGGUGCGACAAUUGGUUGUGAUGAAUGCCGGUGAUGGCGCCUCGAUGCUGGCGCGUGAGGUGUCGGCGUUGAGGGAGCGAUUGGAGAAGGAAUCAAAGCACCUCUCUGACGCGAAGACGAAGACAGUUGAGCUUGAUGCGGAGGUGCGCCGGCUGCAGCUGCAGUUGAGUGUCGCCGAACGCGAGCGCGAUGCGGCCAAGAGCGAAGCCGACAUUGCCGAGCAGCGCGCAGCAGCGGAGCGACGGAAGAUGGAAGCUGCCAUCCAGUCUCGCAUCGACAAGGAGGUCAUGGCACGCGUCUCGCAGGAACAGGCGCGAACGGCGGAAGUUGAGGCGCGACUGCGGGAUGCGCACCGCUCGCAGAUGGAGGAAGCGAGCGAUCGUCAUCGUGGAGCAAACGGGGAGCGGCGGGGGAUGGUGGUGGUGGUGGUGUUGUUGUUGUUGUUGUUGUUGUUGUUGUUGUUGUUGUUGUUGUUGUUGUUGUUGUUGUUGUUGUUGUUGUUGUUGCGCAGAAGUCAACGAGGCGUAAGUGAUGAUGGUGGUGGUGAUGAUGAUGAUGAUGAUGAUGGCGAUGAUGGCGAUGGUGAUGAUGAUGAUGAUGAUGAUGAUGGUGGUGGUGGUGAUGGUGGCGGUGGCGGUGGUGACAUUCAUUGCACCCUCGCGAAGCAGAAGGAGACGGUGUCUGAGCUCAAGUCGCAGAUACAGCAACGCGACCACAUGCGGCAAGAUUUGGGCACGCAGCUGCAAGACAUGCUGCGCAAGCAUUAUGAAAAUGCAUCACGAAUUGUCAACCGCCUUACGGGCCUCUCGCACCAAUCAGGGUACGCAACGCAGUGCCAUGCGCUCGCGCCAUCCUCCCCCUCCUCAGCGGCAACAGCAGCCGGAACAGGACCAGCGCUAGCGCACCAGCAUCGCCACAUUCGCAAUGGCGAGCAAGUGGUGGUGUCAUCUGGUCUUGUUGAUGAUGGUGCCAGCGAUGGCGACAUGCUGAAUGCAAUGAGGCAACACCAUCAACAGAAACAGCACCAGCAGCACCAGCACCAGCAGCGGUUUCCGUACAUGCGUGGGCUGGAUCUCCAUGAUAGUGACACAGACAGUGAUGGUGGUUUGCUUGGAAUGCUUGGUGGUGAUGGUGGUGGUCGUGGUGGACUUGGUUUGUACGGCGGCGGCGGUGGUGGCGAGUGGGACUUUGAUGCACACAUGUCGGAUGCGCACACGAUUGAGGAAGUGGAGGAGGAGGCAUACGCGCGCCAGCACCGCAGUGGUGGUGAUGAUGAUGGUGGUGCUGAUUGGGGUGACAGGACACAGCCUCCCUUCCGGACCGGUGCUCAAGGUGGAGGUAACAUGCCGCUUGCGGACCAACGCGCCGCCGCCACAACGGGAUAUGAGUUUGACAUGCGGAUGUUUGCUCAGGAUUCGUUGAACAAGGAGCGAUUGCUGGCACUGAGGCACCAGCACCAGCACACCAACAGCACCAUGCACCGUGCUGGCAACCACGGUGACGGUGGUGAACGCAAAAGCGGUGGUGGUGGUGGUGGUGAUGAUGAUGAACGCCGUGAUCACGCUGGCGAAAGACGACAGCGGAAGGACAGUGGCAGAAACGCGGGGCCGCGUAGUGGGGCAGGGUCCUCCCACAAAACGCGUUCUGAGCACGCGCUGCAGCCAUCGCCGCUUCGCAGGCGACGCGAGGAUGCGCACGCAACAGCAGCAUCAACAUCUGCAUCAGCGAACACACGCCGACCGGGACACAACGCAAGCGGCACUGGCCAUCACGAUGAUGAUGGUGGUGGUGAUGGUGGCGGCGAUGGCGGUGUGAGCAUUCACAGCACAGCCAGCGCUGCGACCGGCACCACACGCAAGGGCAAAGACAAAGAGCACCAGCAGCAAGGUGCCAAGGGCGGUGCAAGUGGUGGUGGUGGUGGUGUCCAUUUUCCUUCACGACGCGCCAAGCACGAACAGCAGCAGCACCGGCGGGACACCGAUGGUGACGACGACGAAGAUGAUGAUGAUGAUGAUGGUGAUGGGCAGCCAAAACCUCGUCGCGACUAUGAAAAGCCGUGGCUCGCCAACUCUCUGCGUUCAUCAAAGCGCUCAACAGAUGAGAUGAAGAACAGCGGAGUUCGCGGUGAUGGAAAACAGCAAGCGGGAACACAGCCCGUGUGGAAAUAG